AUGUCGCACGUCUUCAUCCGCUCUGGCCUUGAUCACAUUGAUUCGACUUACGCAUCUCUUUCUGGUACCCCGGAAGCCAAGUACGCCGAGCUGGUAAAGCAUAGGAAUUUCGACGAAAAGGAGCUUCUAGCGCUCUUAGACCAGCUCAAGCCUGUCUGCCCCGAGAACUUCAUUGGCAUCUGGACCGGCUCAAAGGUCAACACCAAACCGCCCCAGUGA